AUGGUGACUGAGGAUGAGGAAAAAGCCAGUAAGUUUUACCAUCUGGCUUCUUUACUGGCAAAAUAGGGGUGUUAUACUCUGAGGAGCAUUCAACCAAUUUUGUUGUGUCCGGAACAUGAAAUGGAGAGGGUAAACAUGUACUGUGAACUCUGCAGAAGGCCUGUUUGUCAUCUUUGUAAACUGGGUGGAUGUCAUGCAAACCACAGAGUAACAACCAUGACUACUGCCUACAAAACCCUUAAGGAGAAACUUUCAAAAGAUAUUGAGUACCUCAUCAGUAAGGAGAGCAAGGUGAAAGUUCACAUCACACAGCUGGAUCUGCUGCUGAAAGAAACAGAGCGCAACAGUGAAAGAGCUAAAGAAGAAGCAUCUCACAGUUUUGAGAAAUUAUUUCAAAUCCUGGAAGAGAAGAAAUCUUCAGCUCUUAGGGCAAUUGAAACUUCUAAGAAUUUAAGACUGGAAAAAUUGCAAGCACAAGCAGAAGAAUAUCAAGGGCUUCUGGAAAAUAAUGGCCUUGUAGGAUAUGCUCAAGAGGUGCUUAAGGAAACUGAUCCGUCUUGUUUUGUUCAAACAGCAAAACAACUUCAUGUCAGAAUCCAAAAAGCUACUGAAUCUCUGAAGAGCUUCAAGCCAGCAGCUGAAACUACCUUUGAAGACUUUGUGCUGGACGUAGCCAAGCAAGAAGAGGUCCUUGGUGACUUGUACUUCCAUGCUAAUGGUCUAGAAGUACCAGAAAUCAGUGAAGAGCAGAGCAGAAUGUACAACAGAGCUCUGAUCAGUUGGGAAUGCCCUGGGAAGACAGAUUCAGCUGAUAUCUAUGUUCUUCAGUAUCAUAAGCUCAAUAAAGAAGAGGAGAGUGUGACGUGGCAGGAUGUCAAAGUUUGCAGCAAGAGCAAAGUAAUAUCUGAUCUUGAUGAUGACAGCAGCUAUGCCUUUAGAGUUCGAGGAUAUAAAGGGUCCAUCUGUAGUCCUUGGAGCCAAGAAGUUACUUUGCGUACACCUCCAGCUCCAG